AUGGAUCUAUCUGUCUUCUCCCAGCACAAUCUCCUCUAUACACAGGAGUCACUCUCAAGGUACCAGUUUGGGGGGUAUCAUCCUGUUAUGCUCGGUGAUAUAUUCAAGGAUGUACACCAUAAACUGGGUUGGGGUAGCUUCUCAACCGUUUGGCUUGCAUACGACAGAGAAUGCGUUGAUGGACCAACCCAGUCAAUCAGUUUAUUGGUCACGACUAACAAUAUCACAGUCGGGGUGAAUGGGUUUCGCUGA